AUGAGAAGGAACAAAUCCAGCAGCAGAUCAAGAAGAUCCAGCAGUUUCAGUAACUUCAGCAGCAGCUCUAGCAGUAGCUUCAGCAGCAGCUCCAGCGGUAGCUUCAGCAGCAGCUCUAGCAGUAGCUUCAACAGCAGCCUUAGCGGUAGCUUCAGCAGCAGCUCCAGUGGUAGCUUCAACAACAACUCUAGCAGUAGCUUCAGCAGCUCCAGCAAUAGUUCUGACGGCAGCAGCAGCUUAAGCAGAUCCAGCAGCUCGAGCGGCUCCAAUGGGUCCUCCAGCAGGAACGAUAGUAGCGGCGGCGGCGGCUCCAGCAGCACCAGAAACAGCUACGACAGGAACUACGACAGUAGCAUUGGCAGUUUGAGCAGAUCCAGCAGCACCGGAGACAGCUACGACAGAAACUACGACAGUAGCAUUGGCAGUUUGAGCGGAUCCAGCAGCAAUAACAGCGCCUCCAACAGCAGUAACGUCAGAGGCGGCUCCGGCAGGUUUUCCAUCAGCAACAAUAGUAGCAGCAGAUACAGAUCGAACAGCUCCAGCAACUCUAGCUGCUGCUGCUGCAACGAAUACUUGACCAACAGAUAUAGCGAUAGCGACCUGCACAAGAUGCCCUACUUCUUAUACUACUCUAUCCUCUAA